AUGCAUUAUCCGCAGCCCUUUCUCGCUCUGUUGUCGCUUUGCCUCUUCUCUUCCAACGUCGUCCGCGCCGAUGAUACCACCACCACCACUGUCCCGAUCUACCUACCGCACUACGAUGCUAAUAGCUGGUCGCAGCUGCGAGGCAGCGUAAUUUCAAGUAAUGACAAAGAAACGACGUACACCAUCUUCUGCGCACCACAAAUACCGCCCGACUGCGACCUCGCUGUCGAGUUUCCUUUCGUCUUUGCCGAGGGCGAGAGCACGCUUCAGUUCCACGGCACUAAAACAUCAACACUUACCGCCGACCUUGGAUGCACACUGAGCGGGACGACAGCUGCGACAUGCUCUGGAUACUCUAGCUUGAAAAGCGGAUAUAUCAACGGCAAAUACACAGGCCCGACCGAAGUGUCGUGGACCUCAACCAUGACCGGCUCCGAGGUGCAAUGGGGCGUCCUAACACUGGCUCAGGAGGAUGCUGCGGCAACUCCGGCACCCACAAAGGCGCCCGGCGAUCCCGACUACGACGACUUCCUUUACACGGGCACCAUCUCCUCCGCAAGACCCGCCGAGACCAACCCUAGCGCCGCCUCGCGUCUUCACCUAGGCUGGGCUCUUACCGCGUCGGCAUGUAGCAUGGUUGCCGUCACUCUAAUGGCAUAA